AUGAAUUUGAACAAUCACUACAGCAUUAACAACACAGUUGCACCUAGCAGCAUCGGGCACGGCGCUCGCCCUCUCAGUUCUCGUUCGUUCUCUGCACCCUCAAGCACUAGCAAUAAUAUUGAUUACGAAGAUCUGAAGCGUCGAAUUGAAUCGGGUGAGAAACUUCAACCUCGUAUUUUGGGACUGGCUGUAAUUCACCGCGCAAGAGUAGAACGAAACUUUUCCAGUGCACUGUAUUUUUAUGAUCAACUGCAAAAAGUAAUACGUGAACUCAUCGAUCGUCCCGGUUGGGUCUGUCAUCCCGGUGACGUUAGCCUUUUUAAAAAGGCGGUAGGCUCUUUGGUACGUUACGCUCCUACUACUCAACAGGCUAUUGAAGUGUUUUACGAUUUCUUUGAAAACUGGGACGAGCCUUUUCGUACAAUGUCAACUGAGCUUGUUCUCUUCACAAACUUGAUACAAGUCGUCAGUAAAGGAGGUCAUGGAACAGAAGCAGAGAUGAAAGAUGCAUUAAGAUUGAUACAAAUAGCCCUUAGAUUGGGUGUACUGGCUAUUCGACCCGAACACUAUGAUGAGACAUUCGCUCCAGCGAGGACUCGAAGGUUUAGUCAACAAGCACCAGAUAACUCUAGAGAAGUUUUCAAAUCUGUUUGUUCAAAAGUGUUAAGAUAUUACAACAUGGAUUAUACCUCUGAUAAUCUGGGAUUAGUGAAGCGCGAUGUAGUAAGCCAACGAAGCCCGCACUAA